CGUCAUAUAAAUUGAGAACAGUAAAUAAAGCAGCAUAGUUGAGAACUGUCACUGCAGAACAAAAAAAGUAACUCGCUGAAAUCGAUUGCAUGUGUUGUACUUCGCAAAGGUGUUUUAUUUUUCACUAAAAUUAAUUAAUUUUAGUCCGACAACCCGAACAAAAUGCGCCACGUUAAGUUCAUCGCCCGUACGGUUCUGGUGCAGAACAACAACGUCGAGGAGGCCUGCCGGGUGCUGAACCGGAUUCUGGGCAAAGAGGAGAUUUUCGAUCAGUUCCGCCGGACCCGCUUCUACGAGAAACCGUUCCAGACCAGGCGCCGGGUUAACUUUGAAAAGUGCAAAGCCAUCUACAACGAGGAUAUGAACAGGAAGAUCCAAUUUGUUCUGCGAAAGAAUAGGGUGGACCCGUUUCCGGGCUGUUCGUAAAAUGGGUUUGGUUCCGGGUAAAUGUGUACAAUAAUUGAGUCGCUGGAAUAAAUUCUAAGUGUUGAUCUAA